AUGGCUAACCCUAUCAUGCUCUACGUGCAGUUUUUGAUCACCUUGGCUGGACUGACGGGGUCGCCGACGCAUCAGGGCGAUUCUUCGGAACGCCAAGUCAUCAUGUCGCCGCUGCAACUGAACUGGACAAGCGACGCCCAUUUUCAAGCCAGCGAGGAGCCUGGAAACAUCUUCAGGAAACUCGUGUUCGCCAAAGAAGCCAGACCGACAUCGACAACUUGUCUCGCCCACGAGACUACAAAAAGGCCACGACAGCUCUUCAGCGUCAGAGGGCAUGGCGGCACUCCUCCGGGAGCAAUGGCUAACCCUAUCAUGCUCUACGUGCAGUUUUUGAUCACCUUGGCUGGACUGACGGGGUCGCCGACGCAUCAGGGCGAUUCUUCGGAACGCCAAGUCAUCAUGUCGCCGCUGCAACUGAACUGGACAAGCGACGCCCAUUUUCAAGCCAGCGAGGAGCCUGGAAACAUCUUCAGGAAACUCGUGUUCGCCAAAGAAGCCAGACCGACAUCGACAACUUGUCUCGCCCACGAGACUACAAAAAGGCCACGACAGCUCUUCAGCGUCAGAGGGCAUGGCGGCACUCCUCCGGGAGCAAUGGCUAACCCUAUCAUGCUCUACGUGCAGGUGAGCAGAAGUCACUCCUUGCAUUGUAAGCGUACUAGCAACGUUUGUCUUUUCUCGCCGCCAUGCCCCCGGACGUGUGUACUGCUGUUCCUUGAGUGUAUUGCUGUAAUUCGUGACCUGUUAUCAUGCGGGGAUAUCGAAUCCAACCCGGGUCCGGAUGAUGAUUGUAUACCUACGAUGGAGGAAAUGGUUAAGGAUAUUUUGGCUAAACAGAAUGUGAUCCUAACUGAGCUUGCUGGGAUAAAAACUAGUCAACAAACAUUUGAGAACAAAUUUGACAAACUGGCCAAAAAGGUUGAACAAAUUGAAGUCACAGUCGAAGAAACAAAAGAGCUUAGGAAUCAAAUGACGAGUAUUGAAAAAAAUGUUUCGUCCGUACAAACCGAACUUACUGAAUGCCAAAGAAAGUUGGUCGACUUAGAAGAUCGAAGCCGCCGCAAUAAUCUUAUGGUUUUUGGUGUUUCCGAGGACGCCGGUGAAACGGCAGAUAUACUUCGAUCAAAGGUACUCGACGGUAUUUUCGUAGAAAAACUUGGAAUUCGUACUAACUCUGUCGAACGCUUGCAUCGGGUUGGACGAAAGACAAAUAGAAGCCGGCCUAUUAUUGUUAAGUUCUUCGACUACAAUGAAAAGAAUAAUCUUCUAAAAAAACGCAGACUUCUAAAAGGUACCAAAAUAACACUUGAGCACGAUUAUUCAUGGGUGACGCUUCAAAAGCGCAAACUGCUAUGGGAAAGUAGCAAACCAAAUCGUGAUAAUGGGGAAACUGCUUUUCUGAUACACGACAAGAUUAAGAUUGGAAACGACAUUUUCGAAUGGGAUGACGCCAAGGGGCAAGUGUGCAAAGAAAAAAAUCGGCCAACAAACCGAAGGAAUGUGAAAUGACGCCAAUUAUCUCUGAAAAUGCAUCCUAAGGAAUCAUUGAAGAUCUUGAGUUUUAAUGCUCGGAGCAUCGUGAAUAAAGUGGAUGACCUGGAACUUAUCUUGUUGACUCAUGAUCCCCAUGUUGUUGUUAUCACCGAAACGUGGUUACACAGUGGUAUUGGUGACAGCGAAAUUCUUCCCCCUUCAUACAGGAUGAUUAGAAAAGAUAGAGGAUCGAGGGGCGGUGGCGUUGCUGUUAUAUUUAAAGAUUCAAUAGAAUUGAUGCCAAUGAAUUGUGUUAUCAGUGGAGAAGUAUUAUGGUGUAAGUUAACAUUCCACGGAAACGUUUUUGUUGUAGGCGCCGUUUACAGGCCACCAAAUGCCCCGCCAAAACUCUUAGAAGAUUUACAUGAUUACAUGGCACUGCACUUCACCGAUAAAACUAAGGUAAUUUUAACAGGAGACUUCAACCUGCCCACUAUUGAUUGGACGUCCUGUAAAGUAGGUAAAGCAGAAGUCGCAUCCUCUGAACGUCUGUUAGAUAUCUCUCUUUGUUUUAAUAUGCGACAGUUAGUGAGCGUCCCAACUAGAGUAUCCGGCACAGGCCAAGCAACACUAGACCUGCUUUUCGUUAGUAAUACAAUCGAAGCAGACGA